CAGCUGAAAUUCCACAACACUCUGCAGAUUGAUGAAGACGUUUGGUUCUUGUACAGAGAAUCAGCAGGACUGAAGGUUCAGCUUCCUGUCCGUCAGUCUGAAGCUGCUUCAUGCUCACACAAACUGGACCCCAAGAAGAUGAAGAUGUUUGUGGUGUUUGUGAUCCUCGUGCACGUUUCCCAGCAUGCCUCAGCUGUGGAGGUGUAUGAGGGAGACCCGUUUGUCCUGCUGCCCUGUGACUUCCUGACUUUUGAACUGGACGAGCCCUCAGUGGUGUGGAGCCGCUACGAUCUCAAUCCUUCAACCGUCCACCAGCGUCAGCAGGAAGGUGACGAACUUAAAGACCAAAACCAGCUUUACAGCAGCCGAACAUCCAUGAAGACUGACGCUCUGGAAACUGGAGACCUCAGCCUCAAUCUGACAAAACUCCACCUCUCUGACAGCGGCUCCUACACCUGCACCGUCAGGUGGUUCAGUAGGGGGAAACACAAAGAACGGAGAGUGAGGGACGUACAGCUGCAGGUCAAAGAACGAUUCCCAUCCUGGGCCAAAGCUCUCCUGGUUCUCCUGGUUCUCCUGAUUCUUGGACUUAUUGUUUCUGCAGCUCUUUUAGUACAUUUUAGACAGUAUUUCAUGUCAGUCUACCAGGUGGAGGUGGAGGAGGGGGCGGAGUCUGUCCAGCUGCCCUGCAAAACUAUAGUUCGCCUGCCUAAAGACGCUAAAGUUGAGUGGAGGGAUGGAGAAGACUGGAAGGUCCAUGUGUAUCAGAACGGUUCUGACCAGCCUGAAGAACAGGACAGUGAUUACAGAGGUCGAACAGAGAUGAAGAGAAACCUGCUGGAACCUGGAGACCUCAGUCUGACCCUGAAACACCCCACAGACAGAGACAGAGACACCUUCAUCUGCACCGUCUACAACAGGGAGGGACACAAACUGAUGAAGAAACAAGUCGUGCUGCAGGUCAAAGUCCACCAGGUGGAGGUGGAUUCAGGGGCGGAGUCUGUCCAGCUGCCCUGCAAAACCAUAGUUCACCUGCCUGAAGACGCUAAAGUGGAGUGGAGGGACAGAUACUACAGGAAGCUCCAUGUGUAUCAAAACGGUUCUGACCAGCCUGAAGAACAGGACAGAUAUUACAGAGGUCGAACAGAGAUGAAGAGAAACCUGCUGGAACAUGGAGACCUCAGUCUGAUCCUGAAACACCCCACAGACUGGGACAGUAAGACCUUCAUCUGCACCGUCUACAACAGGGAGGGACGCAACCGGAUGAAGAAACUAGUGGAGCUGAAUGUCAAAGACUGUCAGGUGGAGGUGGAUUCAGGGGCGGAGUCUGUCCAGCUGCCCUGCAAAACCAUAGUUCACCUGCAUGAAAAUGCGAAAGUGGAAUGGAUGGAUGGAUUUGAUCGGAAGGUCCAUGUGUAUCAGAACGGUUCUGACCAGCCUGAAGAACAGGACAGUGAUUACAGAGGUCGAACAGAGAUGAAGAGAAAACUGCUGGAACCUGGAGACCUCAGUCUGACCCUGAAAUAUCCCACAGAGAGAGACAGAGACACCUUCAUCUGCAAAGUCUACAACAGGGAGGGACACAAACUGAUGAAGAAACAAGUGGAGCUGAAGGUCAAAGUCCACCAGAUGGAGGUGGAUUCAGGGGUGGAGUCUGUCCAGCUGCCCUGCAAAUCCAUAGUUCACCUGCCCGAAGAUGCUAAAGUUGAGUGGAGGGACAGAUACUACAGGAAGCUCCAUGUGUAUCAGAACGGUUCUGACCAGCCUGAAGAACAGGACAGAUAUUACAGAGGUCGAACUGAGAUGAAGAGAAACCUGCUGGAACCUGGAGACCUCAGUCUGACCCUGAAAUACCCCACAGACUGGGACAGUAAGACCUUCAUCUGCACUGUCUACAACAGGGAGGGACACAUCCUGAUGAAGAAACAAGUGGAGCUGAAGGUCAAAGACUGUCAGAUGGAGGUGGAGGAGGGGGCGGAGUCUGUCCAGCUGCCCUUCAGAACUACAUCUGACCUGCCUGAGGACGCUUCAGUGAAGUGGUCCUGCUCAAUCAGGACAGUCCACAUGUAUGAGAACAGAUCUGACCAGCCUGAAAAACAGGACCCGGUUUACAAAGGCCGAACAGAGAUGAAGAAAGACCUGCUGAAGACUGGAGACCUCAGUCUGACCCUGAAACACCCCAAAGAGACAGACACAGGAGAAUACUGGUGUACAGUCUACACCAAGGAUGGAGACACCCUGAGAGUGAAAAGAGUGGAGUUCAAAGUCAAAGGGAACAUCAGGAGCAGAAGCAGCUCCAUUGAUCCGACUCCUCUAAUGGCUGAUCAGUUUGUUUGAUCGGUCUGUUGCUCAAUCUUUGAUUAUUGAUCUGAUGAGACUUUGGAUCAGAGACUAAAUGGAGGUGAAGGAGCUGAUGGAGGACGGAUGAAGACAGGAGGACGCUUCAUCAGCUUCUUCUUCACUCUGACUCUCACACACAGUCUACACACUCACUAUUGAUGACUGUUGAUCAAUGAUGUCAGAGUGAUGUCAGCGUGAUGUCACAUGGUGGUUUGGACUGAAACAUGUGGUUUAGAUCCUUUGAACUCUGACAGUAAAGUGUAAAUACAACCUCAGAUGUAGAGACAGCAGGUCUCUGCAGUAACAACAUGUAUCAUUACCUUCACAGAGUGUCUACACAUAGAAACACGUCACAUUUAACACUAUUUAACAGCUUUUAAUGCCACUUUAUAUGGAAUUUAAGUGAAAUUCAAAAGUGAAAUAUAUAUACACAUAUUGCAUAUACUAGUUAUUGCUGUAAGCUUUUACCAAAAAAAAGAUGAAUUAUUGAAUGAACAAAUGGACAUUCUUUCAUAUUUGAAGUGUUUUUUAGAGUCCAACGUCUUUAAUGUGGAUCUGUGUCAUCUUCACUUCAUCAGUGUGUUUCAGCUGCAGGACCAUGUUUUCUUCACAGAAACACAUGAAGAACAGAUUAUAAGAUAUCAGAUGAAGAUUCCUGUCAGACAAUCAGAGUUCAUCGCUGAUGUUCUGGUAAACAACCACCAGAGGGCGACAUGAGCACAGCAGGAUUAUUACCUCUGACAACGUUUCCACUGCUGGACCUCAGUACACUUCUGAGGUAUUUGUACUUUACUGGAGGAUUUCUGCAAAUACAUACUUUUUACUCCACUGCAUUUAUUGAAAACACUGUUUUAGUUACUUUACAGAUUACAUGCUGCCUCAGAGCUGAAUCAGCACUUUUUAAAAUUCAAUUAUUUGAUGAACAGUCAGAUUAAAAACAACUCUUAUAUUCAUACAAAUAAUCUGAAAGUACUGAAUAUACUUCCGUAUAAUUACCUGAGAUUAGAUUCUGUCUGUCUGGUGACAUUUUAACACCAUGUUAUAGAGAAUAACACACAAAAUGUCCGCCCAGCAGGCUGCAGCACUUUAUUAAUGAAGACAAUAAACCAUAAAAAGAAAGAAAUUAAAAGACAUUUCUGAUUAAUUAGUCACAUCUGGAUCAAUGUGAUGAUGUUAAACAGCUGAUCACAUAUUCCUCUUUAUGAUCAACAGCCUUUUUGAACCUCCAGCUGACUGCAGCCUCCCUCUCCAACCAUUCACCCACAUCCAACUGGGACCAGUGUCUAGUUACUAGGAUUCUGUGUUUGUGUUUUGUGAGACAUGUAAUUGUCAGUCUGAGUUUGUUGUAAAUUUGUGAAUGUAGAAAAGUGUGUGUGUGGUAGCCCAGUAGGAGGGAGAAGCCUUUUCUUUAACCCUUGUUCUCCUGUUUUUCCUUAUUUAGGGAGUUAGGUAAGAUUUAGUCUUUUUGUUAAUACUUCUGAUUGGUAUAGGGAAGGCAGGGAGAUAUAUGCUUGUGUUUGUUGUUUUGACCUUCUCUCCCUCUGAAGCAAAAAUAAAACUGCUCCCUUAAUUUA